UUCCCAGAGCGAGAGGCAGUGACACUGAGCGGGCGCAGGGGGCCGAGUCCGAGACGGUACCUGAGUUCGGGAGCGGCAACAGAGGGGGCAUAGACACUCUUGAGCAGCCUCGCCGUCGCCUCUGCGUUCCUGUUGACUUUCUCGGUGCCCCCUCCCCUACUCCUUGGUUGCUGGUGAAGAGGCUGCGCGCUGCUGUUUGGGGAGGGGGUGUGUGGAGCCGGGUCCUGAGUCCGCAGUGGCUGCUGUCGGGGGGUCGUCUGACCGCGGAGGUGUGGACAGACUCCUUGGGGGUCGAGCAAAUAACGGGGUUCGGGUGUCUGGUGUGUGAACAUCACAGGUCUAUUCUGGAUAGCAGGUUUUGUGAAGACAUUUAUUCUUUCUUGGACCUCAGAUUUACCAGACAUCUCAUGGGUUUGUGGAUGCACUUAGAUGUUUGCAAUGAGCACUGUGGCUGGCAUGCCCCAGUGUUUUGGAUACCAAUGCAUAGGACUCCAUAGUAAUCGAAUUUACCAGAGGCGAACGUCAUGAGCAUAGUGAUCCCAUUGGGGGUUGAUACAGCAGAAACGUCAUACUUGGAAAUGGCUGCAGGCUCAGAACCAGAAUCUGUAGAAGCUAGCCCUGUGGUAGUUGAGAAAUCCAACAGUUAUCCCCACCAGUUAUAUACCAGCAGCUCGCAUCAUUCACACAGUUACAUUGGUCUGCCCUAUGCGGACCAUAAUUAUGGUGCUCGUCCUCCUCCAACACCUCCGGCUUCCCCUCCUCCAUCAGUUCUUAUUAGCAAAAAUGAAGUAGGCAUAUUUACCACUCCUAAUUUUGAUGAAACUUCCAGUGCUACUACAAUCAGCACAUCUGAGGAUGGAAGUUAUGGUACUGAUGUAACCAGGUGCAUAUGUGGUUUUACACAUGAUGAUGGAUACAUGAUCUGUUGUGACAAAUGCAGUGUUUGGCAACAUAUUGACUGCAUGGGGAUUGACAGGCAGCAUAUUCCUGAUACAUAUCUUUGUGAACGUUGUCAGCCUAGGAGUUUGGAUAAAGAGAGGGCGGUGCUGCUACAACGCCGGAAAAGGGAAAAUAUGUCAGAUGGUGAUACCAGUGCAACUGAGAGUGGUGAUGAGGUUCCUGUGGAAUUAUAUACUGCAUUUCAGCAUACCCCGACAUCCAUUACUUUAACUGCUUCAAGAGUUUCCAAGGUUAAUGAUAAAAGAAGGAAAAAAAGUGGGGAGAAAGAACAAAACAUUUCAAAAUGUAAAAAAGCCUUUCGUGAAGGAUCUAGGAAAUCAUCAAGAGUUAAGGGCUCAGCUCCAGAGAUUGAUCCUUCAUCUGAUGGUUCAAAUUUUGGAUGGGAGACAAAAAUCAAAGCAUGGAUGGAUCGAUAUGAAGAGGCAAAUAAUAACCAAUAUAGUGAGGGUGUUCAGAGGGAGGCACAAAGAAUAGCUCUGAGACUGGGCAACGGAAAUGACAAAAAAGAGAUAAAUAAAUCAGAUUUGAAUACCAAUAAUUUGAUCUUCAAACCUCCUGUAGAGAGCCAUAUACAAAAAAAUAAGAAAAUUCUGAAAUCUGCAAAAGAUUUGCCUCCUGAUGCACUUAUCAUUGAAUACAGAGGGAAGUUUAUGUUAAGAGAACAGUUUGAAGCCAAUGGAUAUUUCUUUAAGAGACCAUACCCUUUUGUUUUAUUCUAUUCUAAGUUUCAUGGUCUAGAAAUGUGUGUUGAUGCAAGGACUUUUGGGAAUGAGGCUCGGUUCAUUAGGCGUUCUUGUACACCGAAUGCAGAGGUGAGGCAUGAAAUUGAGGAUGGAACCAUACAUCUUUACAUUUAUUCUGUACAAAGUAUUCCAAAGGGAACUGAAAUUACUAUUGCCUUUGAUUUUGACUAUGGGAAUUGUAAGUACAAGGUGGAUUGUGCAUGCCUCAAAGAAAAUCCAGAGUGCCCUGUUCUGAAACGUAGUUCUGAAUCCACGGAAAACAUCAAUAGUGGUUAUGAGACCAGAAGGAAGAAAGGAAAAAAAGAAAAGGAUAUUUCAAAAGAUACACAAAAUCAGAAUAUUACUUUGGAUUGUGAAGGGACAGCGAACAAAAUGAAGAGCCCUGAAACUAAACAGAGAAAGCUUUCUCCACUGAGACUAUCGGUAUCAAAUAAUCAGGAACCAGAUUUUAUUGAUGAUAUAGAAGAAAAAACUCCCAUUAGCAAUGAAGUAGAAAUGGAGUCAGAGGAACAGAUUGCAGAAAGGAGAAGGAAGAUGACAAGAGAAGAAAGGAAAAUGGAAGCAAUUCUGCAAGCUUUUGCCAGACUUGAAAAAAGAGAGAAAAGAAGAGAACAAGCUUUGGAAAGGAUCAGCACUGCCAAAACUGAAGUUAAAACAGAAUGUAAAGAUGCACAGAUUGUCACUGAUGCUGAAGUUAUUCAGGAACAAGCAAAAGAAGAAACUGCUAGCAAGCCAACUCCUGCCAAAGUAAAUAGAACUAAACAGAGAAAAAGUUUUUCUCGGAGUAGGACUCACAUCGGACAGCAGCGUCGGAGACACAGAACUGUCAGCAUGUGUUCAGAUAUCCAGCCGUCUUCUCCUGAUAUAGAAGUUACUUCACAACAAAAUGAUACUGAAAAUACUGUACUUGCAAUAGAACCAGAAACUGAAACUGCACUAGCAGAAAUAAUUACUGAAACUGAAGUUCCAGCACUUAAUAAAUGUCCAACAAAGUAUCCCAAAACAAAAAAGCACUUGGUCAAUGAAUGGUUAAGUGAGAAGAAUGAGAAGACAGGAAAACCUUCAGACACCCUUUCAGAAAGGCCUCUGCGCAUAACUACAGAUCCUGAAGUGUUAGCUACACAGCUCAAUUCUUUACCGGGUCUCACUUAUAGUCCGCAUGUAUACUCUACUCCUAAGCACUACAUUAGAUUCACUUCACCAUUCCUUUCAGAAAAAAGGAGAAGAAAAGAACCUCCUGAAAACAUUUCUGGCUCAUGCAAGAAGCGGUGGUUGAAACAAGCUCUGGAAGAAGAAAACUCAGCAAUUUUACACAGAUUUAAUUCACCCUGUCAAGAAAGAUCCAGAAGUCCUACAGUCAAUGGUGAAAAUAGAAGUCCACUACUAUUAAAUGAUAGCUGUUCUCUUCCAGAUUUAACUACACCACUAAAAAAACGAAGACUCUAUCAGUUACUAGAUUCUGCUUACUCAGAAACCUCCACACCUACUCCUUCACCAUAUGCUACGCCAACUCACACAGAUAUUACUCCUACGGAUCCAUCAUUUGCCACUCCUCCACGGGUAAAGUCAGACGAUGAAGCUUGUAGAAAUGGUUAUAAGCCCAUUUAUUCACCAGUUACCCCAGUAACUCCUGGCACACCGGGAAAUACCAUGCACUUUGAGAAUAUUUCUUCCCCAGAAAGUUCUCCAGAAAUUAAGAGACGCACUUAUAGUCAAGAGGGCUUUGACAGAUCUUCAACCAUGUUAACAUUGGGGCCUUUUAGAAAUUCUAAUUUAACUGAACUCGGUCUGCAAGAAAUAAAGACUAUUGGUUAUACCAGCCCUAGGAGUAGGACUGAAGUCAGUAGGCAGUGCCCUGGAGAAAAGGAAUCUGUGUCAGACCUUCAACUGGGACUCGAUACAGUCGAGCAAGCUGCCUUACAUAAAACCAUGGAAACACCUGCACAUGAUAGGACUGAGUCUAACAGCCAACUGGAAUCUGCUCACUCUGGACGGGGCCCAAUAUAUUCUUCCUGGGUAAAGAGUCCUGACAGAACAGGAGUUAACUUCUCAGUAAACUCCAACUUGAGGGACCUGACACCCUCACAUCAGUUGGAGGUUGGAGGAGGCUUCCGAAUAAGUGAGUCAAAGUGCCUGAUGCAGGAUGAUACUAGAGGCAUGUUUAUGGAAACACCUGUGUUUUGUACUUCAGAAGAUGGGCUUGUAUCUGGUUUUGGACGGACUAUUAAUGACAAUUUGAUCGACGGAAGUUGCACACCCCAGAAUCCACCACAAAAGAAAAAGGUUUCUCUAUUAGAAUACCGGAAAAGACAACGUGAAGCUAGGAAAAGUGGCUCUAAGGCAGAGCACUUUCCACUGGUUAAUGUAUCACCUCACACAAGUGGAAACUUGAGCAGCAACAAUGCUGACGGGUGUGCCAAUGGGAACGAAAAUGGGGAGCAGGUAGAAAGCACAGCUAGCCUACCUUUACCAACACCAGCUACAGUUUAUAAUGCUACUUUGGAAGAAACCAGCAAUAACUGUCCUGUUAAGGAAGCUUCUGCCAGUGAAAAGAAUGAACCAGAAGUCCAAUGGACCGCCUCAACUUCAGUGGAGCAAGUGCGAGAGAGGAGUUACCAGAGAGCUUUACUACUCAGUGAUCACCGAAAAGAUAAAGAUAGUGGGGGAGAGUCACCAUGUGUCCCAUGUUCACCGAUUCAUGUUCCGUCUUCACCUUCAUCUCAUUCAAAUCACAUUCCCCAGUUGCAACCCAAGGGCCCAGUCCCUUCUUUCAGUGAACUUAUGGAAGACCCUGAUCCUGAAAAUCCAGAAUCCACGACUACAAGUGAAUGUGCAUCCCCAGAUACUUCCCAAAAUACUUGUAAAAGCCCUUCAAAAAUGAGCAAGCCUGGUUCUCCGGGACCUGCAGUUCCUGCCCAGCCCCAUGGGAAAAUACUCACAAAGCCAGACUCCCAUUGGGAGGGAGCAGUUACUGUGUCAGAAGCUGAGAACGGCGUCCACCUGAAAACAGAACUCCAUCAAAAACAGCUGUCAGGUAACACCCAAGCACUUUCGAAGAAUCAUCCUCCACAGGCACUUGUUCGCAGUUCAUCGGAGCAGCUUUCACAGAAGCUGCCUUCUGCGCCAGUGAAGCUGCACUGUCCUCCAUCGCCUCACGUAGAAAAUCCUCCCAAGUCGUCAACGCCUCACACGCCUGUACAACACGGUUACCUGUCACCAAAGCCUCCUUCACAGCAGUUAGGCUCUCCCUACAGGCCUCACCACUCACAGUCACCUCAAGUUGGAACAACUCAGCGAGAGCCUCAAAGAAAUUUUUACCCAGCAGCACAGAACCUUCCAGCCAGUACGCAGCAGCAGGCCCCUUCUGGAGCGCUGUUCACGCAGACGCCCUCAGGACAGCCUCCUCCGGCAGCACUCAGUCAGCAGUUUACCCAGCCGAGCCUGGGCGCCGCGGCUCCGCCCCCGCCGCCCCCCCCGCCCCCGCCCUCCUCCCCUUACUAUCAAAACCAGCAGCCCUCCGCAAACUUUCAGAGCUAUAAUCAGCUGAAAGGCAGUCUUUCCCAACAAACUGUGUUUACAUCAGGACCAAAUCAAGCUCUUCCCGGCACCGCGGGCCAGCAAGCCGUUCCGGGACACCACGUGACUCCAGGGCACUUUUUGCCUUCGCAGAACCCUCCCGUUCACCACCAGGCCUCGGCGGCCGUCGUCCCCCCGCCGCCUCCCCCGCCUCCCGCUCCAGGACCACACCUCGCCCAGCAACAGCCACACUCCGUAGCACACGGCGUGGGGCCUGUCCACGCUGUCGCCCCUGGGUCCCACGUUCACUCUCAAACAGCUGGACACCCUGGACACCGUCUGCCACCCCCCCCUCCCCCUCCCGGUCCCGCCCCGCACCACCAUCCACCGCCCCACCCCUCCACCGGACUCCCAGGUCUGCAAGCACAACACCAGCACGUGGUGAGCUCAGCCCCUCCACCACCCCCUCCCCCUCCGCCUUCCAGUGUUCUGGCUUCCGGGCAUCAUACCCCAUCGGCUCCAGCCUUACACCACCCACCUCAUCAAGGACCUCCACUUUUUCCUUCAAGUGCUCAUCCAGCUGUACCACCGUACCCCUCACAAGCUACACAUCACACCACUCUGGGACCGGGACCCCAACACCAGCCUUCUGGAACAGGGCCACAUUGUCCAUUACCAGUCGCAGGUCCUCAUCUCCAGCCCCAAGGACCAAACAGUAUUCCCACACCUACCGCUUCAGGGUUCUGUCCUCAUCCUGGCUCUGUGGCCCUGCCACAUGGGGUUCAAGGACCUCAGCAGGCAUCUCCAGUGCCUGGACAGAUUCCAAUUCACAGAGCACAGGUGCCACCAACAUUUCAGAACAAUUACCAUGGUUCAGGGUGGCAUUAAAAUGGACUCCAAAAACAUUUUUUAAAAUGUUCUGUAAGAUAAACUGUAUAUUUCAUAUGUACCUGUUAAGGUACUUUUUAAAGCUUGUACAUGAAACUUUGUAUAAAAAAGAAAACAAAACAACACCAGUGCUC